CCCAUCUGCUGCUGCAGUAAAGAUGGCGUUUAGUCAAGAAAAUAAUCCAGAUCGUGGCAUGAUUAUACAGAUCUUGGAGCAUUUGUUAGAAGCUUGUAUUGUAGAGCAAGCCCAGUCAAUCCUUCCUAGUUUUGGCUCAAGCAAGCAUAUAUUAUUUGUUGCACAGGAUGAGGUCCCUGCAUUAGAGGACAGCAAUAAGGUCUCGUUGAUAAAGUCCCUCAUAGCUCAAAGAGCAAAAAUGGAAGUUGAUUCUAUUAAGUACUGCAUCAGAGUUUAUGAUAGAAGCACAAGUAAAUGUCCAUCAAAAUGGCCUGGUUCAGUUUGGCAUGGCUUACGUGAUCCUACACAGGAAGCUCUGUCAAUGGUUACUGCUGAUGUACUAGUUGAGGCAUCAUCUAGUCAAAGAAGUGAUGAUCUUUUUUCGGGUUAUAGUCAAGGAUCAUUUGGUGACAUCAGUACAUUCUUGAAGUGCAUUUCUAAUUGGUCAGAAGAUGGCGUCGUUUUUCCACAGCCGUUAUUUCAAGCCACUAUGAAGCAUCUUAGCUCUUCAUCUGAAGGAAAGAUUGCAGUUACAAUGAUGGUGAAAUCUGCUGUGAAAGACUUAGAAAUAAUCAAGAGGCCUGAUGAAAUCCUUUCUGAAGGUAGCAAAUUUUUUGAUGCUCUUCAAGCACUUUUAUCAGAGACAAGUGUACUGGAUAUAAUAGGAGAGAGGUUUCUCCAGGAAGUUAUUGAGGCUUCAAUGCUACAGGGUAGCUACUUUGAGAAGGAGAGCAUAUUGUGCUCUUUGUUGUCCUGCUCAACCAUCAUUGAACGAGUUCAUCCAUUGCUGAUGCAGAAGAAAUGGUAUGCUUGUUUUACGGGCAUAAGAGGAUUCCCUACUUGCUACCAAAGAGAUGUGGAGCAGAUACAUUCAACUAUACAAGAUGGCCUUCACAAGUGUCACACGCUAAUUCAUUCAAAUAUUUUGCUCCUUCUCAGACGUCCAUCAGCUAAAAACAAUGUACUCUCGUGGUUGGCAGCUGUCGUUUCUUUGAAUGAGACUCGUGCUGGCCCUAAAUAUGAACUAAAGAAAGGGAAUCCUGGGACUUGUACUGAUGGAUUUCUCGUCAACUUUUGUGCAGUCCUUUUGAAUUUCUGUCAGCCGUUUUUCAGCAAUCAUCCAUCAGCUCCUAAGCUCCCACUUAUAGUCCCUGAAUAUCCUUCCUCCCCCUCCUGUCGGUUAGACUUACAUAACGAGCCCUGCCUCUCUCACAGCAUCAUCAUCAAUCCCGAGCGUCAAUCCAAAGAUCAUGUUAGAUUUCAGUGUCUUGAUGGGAAUUAUAAGUUUGUGACAGAAAUAUUCUUCAUCACGCUACGGGGACUUCAUAUUGGGCUACUCCCUGCAACUGAUACUUUCAUGAAGACUCUCAGCAACUUAGCAAAAGAGAUUGAAAGGAAAGGAGGCGGUGAUAAGCUAUUGAGUGAUCUUAACGGAUUGUACCUGAUAUCCGGUAGCUGCUGUCUAUUGGAUCCACUGCUAGUCCAGAAAUGCUCUGAGUUCUAUAUCACUAAUGCUGUCUGGCUAACAAUGCUAAUGGAGUCAUGCAAUGAUGAAAAGCUCUCCAAAGAGGAGAUUCAUUCUAAGCAGAGGAAGUUAUUUUCAUUGAUACCAGAGCAUGCAGUGAAGGACAUGGUGAGGUGGUUUUUAUUUGUUUUGCGGACUCAAGCAAAAUUACUUCAAGGCCUACAGUUGACCCCAUUCGUGGAUUGCUGCAUCAGUUUAUUGGAGAGGCCAGAUCUGUUGCCCGGGCCGGUUGCUCAGAGUCAGAUUAUAUCAGUUCUAUUGGCUUGUGUUGGUAGAGACAGGGGUGACUCAAAUAGACUUCUGAGCACUGAGUCAUGGGGUGGUAUUCGUGGCGAAUUGGCAGCUAUGGUUCAAGGUAGUCCGGCCUUUCAGAGUCGCCUUGGUCCUGCUCUCCUUCACACUUUUGCUGCCGUUGGUGUCGUUGAAGGACUCGAUGUUGACAAGGAGGACUUUGAUAAAUACAGUGCAAGAUUUGAUAUCACUCAACUUCUGCUGCAUCUUUGGACUCAGCCGAGCUGUCGCGAGUCUAUCAUUCAGCAGUCUGGUACACAGAAAUUCUCUUCUUUCCUUGGAGCAAUAUUUGAUACGCUACUCUAUCAACUCAAUGAUAGCAUGACCCGAAUAAGUAAUGUACACAGAAUGGAACUCGAAAAAGACAAUGUUGAGACUUGGUUAAAAUUAUCCGGAGAAGAAACUCAAUCAAAGGAAAGGUUUCUAGCUGCAGAGCGUCGAGCAUCAAAGCAUCUCCUAAACAUGGGUAUGACAUUAUUGUCACUGCUUGAGUCAAUAACUGAAGUAGAGAGUAUCAGUAGGCACUUUGUUACUCCACCACUGGCUGUGAGGACCGCAUCUGCUAUGAUGGGGUUUCUUGAUCACCUCUGUGGCGCCAGACAAGCCGAGCUUAAAGUGAAGGAUCCCGAUCAAUUGAAGUUUGACCCACGGAAACUGGUGACCCAGCUGGCUAGAGUGAUGGUUCACAUAUGGAGGGUAGAGAAAAAUGGUGUUAAAGAGAACGGGUUCACUCUAUCGCUAGCAGCUCAUCCUGACUAUAGUCGUCAGGUAGUGAGUAAAGUUGUGAGUAUAUUGGAGAGACAUCAGUUGUGUGGAGCUGAUAUCACUAACGAUUAUAAAGGCCUACUAGCAGAGUUGGAUAAAAAGAAUGGCCCAGGUGAUCCUAUGGCCCAAGCCUCAGUUACUAUAGGUAGUGUUGGAUCUGAGUUUAAGCCGGGGACCAUUGCUGACUGGCAGAGAGAAAUUGAUUUACUGACAAUAGAUAAGAACGCACUGCAUGAGAUGUAUACAGGGACACUUCAAGACAGCGUUUAUGAUUCUGCUAGCCUUGAAGGAGUCCACUCAUUGGAGGAUAGGGCUGUACCAUCAGCAGACCCAAGGUCCCCACGGUUAAUGGCUAUACUCAGAGAUAUUAAACAAUUACAAGAAUCGCUCUCUGUUCAUCCUGACUCUUCAGUUUAUGUUAGACAAGAUGAAGAGAGGAUGGAUCUAGUGAGGGUUUUGAUAACUGGGCCGGUUGACACUCCUUAUAGCUAUGGCUGUUUUGUUUUUGAUGUAUUUUAUCCAACAAAUUAUCCUGUGGAUCCUCCAUUAGUGCUGCUUACUACAACUGGCAAUGGGACUAUAAGGUUUAAUCCCAACUUAUAUGCUGAUGGUAAGGUCUGUUUGAGCCUAUUGGGUACUUGGCAUGGUGGUGACUCAUCUGAAAAAUGGAAUCCUUUGCAGUCCAACCUCUUGCAAGUUUUUAUAUCAAUCCAAGGUCUCAUUUUAAUCCCAGAGCCUAUUUAUAAUGAGCCUGGCUAUGAGGCAAUGCAAGGAACGCCACAAGGGAAGAUUCGUAGUAGUCACUAUAACGCUUACAUACAAGUCAAUACUAUAAGAUAUGCUAUGCUGGAACAGUUAAGGCAUCCUCCUGCUGGAUUUGAGGAUACGGUGAAGAUUCACUUUAUGCUAUUGCGUGAGGUGAUACUACAGCAAUGUUCAAAAUGGCUUAAGAAUACAGUCUCAGCCGAUCAUGAGCAAAAAUUAAGAAAAGCUGUCAAUGAGUUGAGAGAGGAACUAGAGAAAUUGUAAUAAUUAUUUUUGUCUUAGAAUGUUUUUGUGUUCAUUUUUACUUUUAUAUACAAUUUCAACUUCAAGAA